UACACUUCAUUGGUAUAAUUGCGUAUCCGUUCUUGAACAGCGAGGUUGUGUGUGAGUUAUUUUGCCGACUAAGUUCAGAAAAAUAUUAUAAAUAAGUGCUAUCAUAAUUAGUUCUAAAUUUUAUUUAGAAUAAGAAAUAAAACUUAAAUAUGGUUGGAUCACGUGUCUAUGUUGGAGGAUUACCCUAUGGUGUUCGCGAACGGGACUUGGAACGUUUUUUUAAGGGUUAUGGACGAACACGCGAUAUUCUCAUCAAAAAUGGUUAUGGCUUUGUGGAAUUUGAAGACUACAGAGAUGCAGAUGAUGCAGUAUAUGAGUUAAAUGGGAAAGAAUUGCUGGGUGAACGUGUCGUUGUGGAACCAGCAAGAGGUACAGCUCGUGGUAGCCAUCGUGACCGAUAUGAUGAUCGGUAUGGCAAUCGUCGGGGAGGUGGUGGUCGCUAUAACGACAAAAACAAAAACUCUAGAUCAUCUUCUCGUUAUGGACCACCAUUGCGUACGGAAUAUCGUUUGAUAGUGGAAAACUUGUCGAGUCGUGUUAGCUGGCAGGAUCUUAAAGAUUAUAUGCGUCAAGCCGGUGAAGUUACAUAUGCUGAUGCUCACAAACAACGUCGCAAUGAAGGUGUUGUUGAGUUUGCUUCAAUGUCGGACAUGAAAACUGCUAUUGAAAAAUUAGAUGAUACAGAUUUGAAUGGUCGUCGCAUACGAUUGGUCGAAGAUCGUCGUGGAGGACGUAGUGGUGGUGGUGGUGGAGGUGGACGUGGAAGAUCUCGUUCAUCAAGUUCACGCUCUCGAUCCCGUUCCCGUCGUCGUUCUCGCUCACGCUCUCGUCGUUCUUCACGUUCUCGCUCUAAGUCUCGCAGCCGUUCUAAGUCCCGUGGAGCACGUUCUAAAUCAAAGUCACCAAUUAAAUCUCGUUCGCGCUCUCGUUCUAAUAAAUCACGUGAGGUUUCUAAAUCAAAGUCAAAGUCUCGCUCACGUUCACGUUCAAUGAAACGUGAUUCCCGCUCACGUUCACGGUCAAAUUCUAAACGUGAAUCACGCUCAAGAUCAAGAUCCCGUUCAAAAUCUCGUAGAGAUUCUCGUUCACGUGAUCGCUCUGUCUCUGCAGAUAACAAGUCUCGUUCCCGAUCCCACUCCGUUUCACCUAAAAAUGGAAAUGCAUCACCAGAUAGAAACGAGAGCAUGGAAGAUUAAAUAUAUGAACUAUUUUAACAAAUUCAUUCUUUUUUGAACUUUACAUUUUUAAUAUUUAAAUAUGUAAUGUAAAAUAACAAGUUAUAAUUUUAAUAUUACUAUGAGCGAAAAGUGUGUGUCGCCAUAUGAGAUAAACAAAUAAUAUUGAUUAUUCUCAUUAAAACUGUAACAUUCAUUCAUAUAAUUAAUUAUAUAUUAAAAGAAAUUAAACUACAAUUUAUUGACACCAUUUUAAAUUUAAUAUUCUAAUUUGAUCACUAAAUGUAUUAGUACAUAAAAAAUAAAAUAAAAU